UUCGGCUUUAUCUCGACUUAAAGGAGACGCAACAAAGAGCGACAGCGGAGGGCCCUGCUAACAGCGUGGCUUACUAUAGCUUUAAGAACUUUAAAUAGGCUCUGGGUCUUUAAAAUGAAUUUUGCACAGUUAUUAUAGGGAGAAUAGACUAAGUUUAAGAUUUACGCUACUUGCAUUUUUGCACCAAAUUUGCAAAGGAAGUACGAGCGUCCACUAAAUAUGUUUGCCAAUCGUAUCGGGGCGGUUAGCCAGCCAACAUUUUUCAUAAUUAAUGCCUCCUCUUUAUUUCACACUACGAUUCAAUUUGUUGAGAAUUUCUGAGGUUUUCGGAAAUAAGAGGAAAAAACUUCGGUAGUGAUGGAGCCGCAGCUCUCGAGCAACAAAGAGGAGACGGAGAGCGAGACGGCCAUAGAGAAAUCCGCGGGGCAGAGUACCGCAUCCAGCCCGUGCAGGGCAUCCAGAGGACGCGGAGACGGGUGCUUCAACACCGAAGUGACCUGCCCACCCGAAACCAACGGAGCCGCGACAAGCGCCACGGGAUCAGGAAGGGUUUUACGGGACAGGUCAACGCGGACGAUCCCCGUGUGGAGGCAGACUGACAUCAGCGAGGACCUGGCUGAAGUGUCACGGGACGCGUCAGGGAACCGCCGGAGGAAAGCGAAGUGCCCGCGGCGCAGGAAGAGCCCAGCAGCCGCCGCAGCCUCAUCGGAUGCGGGCAAAGACAGCGGCGGAGACUGCGACCUGCUGGAUGAGUUUGAAGAAAACAAGGAUGCGCUGGUUAAUCGAGCGGCCCGCGGCCGACGGGUGCAGGUGCGCUCAGGGGCCCGCACCUGCCGGGGCUCGCCUAGGACUGUGUUUAAAAGUGAGCCAGAAAUGGACGUUGACUAUGUGGAAGCCAAUAAAGCAGUCGAAAAGACAGGAACAAGUGUGGAGAAGAAGGAAGAGGAGAGCAUGGAUGAUGAUGUUGUGGAAGAAGAAGAAUGUCCGUUUGUGGAUGAUCCGAAAGAUGAAAACUACAGACCCCAGUCAAAUAGGAUACCCAGUGUCAGACGUCAGGAUAAACACAGCACAAUGACGGACAGCAGCUCAGACAGUGAUGAAGCAGAGAGCAGCUCACAAAUACCACAUGAGGGAGAGGAAACCAUCAGCAGCGAUGAAGACGUCCCAUUUAGAGAUGACUUGAAUGACCAGAGCUACGAUCCCAAGGAUUUUUCUAAGUCUAAGAGGAGACCUCAUACUAGACUGAAGGAGAAGAAAGACAAGCCUACAGUGCAAGAGACGCCAACAGAGCAGGAGACCGAGAUCAAAACUGAAGGAGGGGAAACCACAGAGGAGCAGACUAGGGCUGAAGUGGAGGAAGGUGCUGAGCCACCCAGAAAAAGAGGGCGCAGAAGGAAAGAUGAUAAAAGUCCUCGUCUUCCUAAGAGAAGGAAAAAACCACCAGUGCAGUAUGUCCGUUGUGAAAUGGAAGGAUGUGGUACAGUUCUGGCUCAUCCACGCUAUUUACAGCAUCACAUUAAAUACCAACACCUGAUGAAGAAAAAGUACGUCUGCCCUCACCCCACCUGCGGAAGACUCUUUCGGCUGCAGAAACAAUUGCUCCGCCAUGCCAAGCACCACACAGAUCAGAGAGACUAUAUCUGUGAGUUUUGUGCUCGCGCCUUCAAGAGUUCUCAUAACCUGGCUGUGCAUCGCAUGAUACACACCGGAGAGAAGCCACUACAGUGUGAAAUCUGUGGAUUCACCUGCCGUCAGAAGGCCUCCCUCAACUGGCACAUGAAGAAGCACGAUGCUGAUGCCACCUACCAGUUCUCCUGCAGCAUCUGCGGCAAGAAAUUCGAGAAGAAGGACAGUGUGGUGGCUCACAAAGCCAAGAGCCACCCUGAGGUGCUCAUUGCAGAGGCCUUGGCCGCCAAUGCUGGAGCCCUCAUCACCACUCCUGCAGGGGUCACCACCCUUCUGGAGACCAACACCGGCUCUGGGCAGACCGAGCAGGGGGUCUCUGAGACCCGAGGAAGCUCUACGGUGCCAGCAGGGCAAGUGGCUCCAGUGACACAUGUGGGUCCAGUGAUGGUUGUGGACCAAAAUCACCCACUGCACUCCAUGCAGGUUCCAGUGACCCUGGCCUUGUCAUCAACAGAAGAAAACAACACUCCCCUUCAGCAGACCUCCUCUCACUCUCUGCAGAUGCCACUACAGUUUGUUUCUUCACCUGUUUCACAGCAGCAGCAACAACAAAUUCAACAGCACCCCCUCCACCCCUCUGUCACCAGCAUCUCCCAACAGGCCACUCUGGUCCAGCAGCUGCCCGUUCAGUCCUACAGCCAACAAUCCCCCAUCGUCCACAUGGCCUUCAGGGCCCUUCCUCAGCAGCAGCUCCCAAUGGUUUCUGUUGCACAGCAGAUGCCCCUUCAAACCACCCAGUCACAUCAAAACCAAGCCCUCCCUCGACUCUCAAGCCACCACCAAGCUCCCAAUACUCCCCUCCUCUCCCAAAACCUGCCCAAGGCACUAUCCGACUGCAGGAGUGGUUUGGGAUUUCGAAGCGAUCCGAGCUCCUCUUCAUCUACAUCUACUCAGUCUUCCAUUACGCCCUCGGAGACUAGACAGGUGAUCUGGGAGGCAGACGGGACUAAUGAGAACGGGGCUGGGGAUUGGGUGGCAGGCGGAGAGGGGGAGGAGCAAAGCAUUACGGACAGUUCUGGCAACCAGAUACAGCGCGUACUGUUGCAGUGAAGGAAGUUGAAGACAUGGAGGAAAGCCAGAUGACUCUUACUUGUCGCCCUCCUAUACACCUUGAAGUUAAAUAUAUAGAGUCAUAAAUAUAUAUUGUAUGUAAUCGCAUUAACUUUUUGGUAGCUUUGUAGAAAUGUCUGUACCAGGGAGAUCGUGUUUGAGCUGUUGUCAUUGUUCAUUUUGUAUAUAAACCGUUAUAGAUCCCUCCAACAACAA